UCAAUUUUCAGUGCAAUUCAUGUGAAGAGACUGUAAACCAAAGCCAUAGUAAAGUAGAAAAAAGUUGAUUACAAAAACUGCGCUACAAUUAUGCAGAGUCCGGGGCCUCCAUAUCAGGGACCAUCGGUGGUGAGCAACGAUAGCUAUGCCAACAGGAACUAUGAGAACCACGUCCUCUCCACACACGGGGUGUCCACUAAUUAUCUAACAUAUCAUUCAUCUGACGGCUCGCAUGAAAGCAAUUAUUGUGAACAAAGCCAUUACAACACAUCCAGCACUCCGUCGGCCACUCAUUACGCAAACAACUCAUCCAAUUCUGGCCACAGUUAUGGCCAACCAGUGAACCAUUUCAAUGAUAUGUACACCACUUGCAGUCCAUACGCAGCUCUUCCUCCAGCCAUACGACCGCCCAUUCCUUCAUCUGAUCUAAAGUAUUGGAAUUCAGACCAAAUGUCACAAAAUUCGCACAAUUCUUAUAAUCAGGGAAUACCUCCGCCGCCACUCGUGUCCCGAACGGGUCUGCGAUCGCCGCCCACCGACCGCACCGGCAAUAGCUAUGGCGCGACAGCAGCCGCACAGUCGCGGUCGUCGUCGCAAUCGCCUCAAGACUGGUCCCGAUCGCCGAAUGUGAUGCACUCCCCGAGCACUACACCAUCGCCGCAGACACACCGGUCGCCGAGUCAUAUGCCGUCGCGACAAUACUCGCCAUCGCAUUCCUCGGUGGCCAACGACUCUUCGUCGCAACCAAUGGUUCUAAAGACCGACAAUGGAUUCGGCCCUCAAAACCAGAGGACUAGUCAAGUGAAUGCUUCCAAUCCGUUGCACUCAUUGCAGAAGAUGGUUAUGAGUGACACCGAAGGCGCGGCCGUUCGCAACACAUACGACAAUACACUUCAGAGCAACGGUUCCGUUCCCUUCAAUACAAACGCCACUCAAAAGAACUAUAACAAUAGCGACCAGAAUGUGACCACAGAUCCCGACAGUCCAUAUCCUACUUAUUAUAAUUUGGAUCAAAACAGGUUAUGUACGCCUCCCCGACCCCCUCCUCCCCCGCCCAACGCAAACCCCAACCUAUCCUAUGACAACAUUCCAGACACCGCCACAAGUGAUGGACAGUUGUGUGGAAGUGAUAAAGAGCUUAACAAAUGUGACAAAAAUGAUAUUAAGUGUAAUAACCAUAACAUUGAUAAUAAUAAUAGUAGUAAUGAUCUCAUGCUUAUCGGCGAAGACGAUUCCAAAGGGACUCUCAGACAGAUGGCCAACAAAAGCAACGAUACGCUCAAUGCGGGAGUUGUAGUGAACGGCGAGAACCAGACACUCAAGAAAGAGAUGAAUACAACUAAAAGUGAUUGCAUUGUAGCGGACGAACCGCCAGCCCUUUGCAAACGUUCUUCAUCUCAAGAAUCAAUCCAAUCGUCGGACUCCGAGAAGAAUCACUCCAAUUAUGGUGACACUCGAGCCCAUCAGAACUGGCAAAUGGGGAACCAUUACUAUAGCAAUCAGUCGGACAAGAAUGCUUGGCCACAAUGGCCCCAAAACUCAGGACAUCCCUCAUCAGUGCCUCAAACGAGUGACUAUAUGUCGGACGGCAGACACGUUGUGCCCAAUUCUGGUCCGCAUCCCGACUAUCACACACAACAGCCGUCGGACGGCACCCGACGGUGCGGUUCGGGGUCGUGGGGCGCGUCUACACCGUCGUCGCAAAACUCUUCAUCGCAACGAGACUUCGCGUCUCCAAACAACAUGAGACAGACGUCGACCACCAAAAAGCGCGGCCGACCUUUCGGUAGCAAAAAUCGUAGGAAUAGUGACGACACGAAUAGUGAGACAAACACUUCCGACGCUUCCAACUCGACGAAGAAGAAGAAGAAAGCGGUCGCAACCGAAGAGAUCGGUAUCAAUACGAAUGUGACACUCGAUCCGCACGGCUUCGACGAGUUGGCAGUCGUUAACCCAUUGAAACAGGUCUCGAAGCGGAAGAAAACUGUCGGCCCUUUUAUCCGAUUGGAAAAAGGAAAGGGAAAAGUGUCGACCGUUUACUCAAUUGUCAACACUUCCGCCAAACCGGAAGACGAAAAGGAUGUCAAAAAUAAGUCCCUUUCGGGUAAAUUAGAACCGCUUAAACCGAUGCGAAGGCCUUCACUUCUGGUCAGCUCUAAGAAAGUAGUGUCCACUCUAUCGCCUCAAUAUGACUUCAAUACCCGCGACAAGACCUGGGUUUGCGCGCUCUGUCAUAAAGGACCUCAUUAUAAAGGAUUGGGUGAUCUCUACGGACCUUAUUAUAUAUCAAAAGAGGACAAAACAAAGACCCAAUCGAGCGCUUCGACCGCAACCACAUCUCAACCCCUGGCACACAGUUCUCGUUCCGCUUCUAUCGAUGAUGUGAUCGAUUCGGUCGCCUCUAACGAACCCACGCCUCAAGAAUCUGAACGAAAGAGAGGCCGAAGACGUAAGUCUGAGGCGACCGAAGACACGGCCACCGCUCACAACGCCGUUAUCCCACACAGAGGACGACCGCCAAAGAGUCGCAUUGAAACGCCUAAACCCGUCAUUUCAUCGCCCAAUCACUCGGACAGCAGCACCAAUACCGAGGUGUGGGUCCACGAAGACUGCAUUGUGUGGUCCAGUGGUGUCUAUUUGAUUGGACAUCGGGUUAGACAUCUCGAAGAAGUCAUCAGCGAAUCCAAUGAAAGUUUUUGCACAAAGUGUAAGCUCUCGGGCGCGACGUUGGGAUGCCUUCAGAAGAGCUGCAAUACCUCUCAAUUUCACUAUUUGUGUGCAAAAGAAAAAGGCUGUGAAUUAGAUGACGAAAACUUUUCACUAUUAUGUCCCAAACAUAAGAAAAAAGCAAAAACCAGUUCAUCCGCUGGCGAAACAUCCGCUGCUAUGACUUAAAAAUUUUUAUAUCAAUUAAUUUCACAAAUAAUUUGUAUCGAAGAAAAUUAAUGUCUUUUUAAUGUAAUUUAAAAAACAUUUGUAAAUAUAUUUUUGUUUGUGGUUUUGUUUUAUUACAAUGAAAUGAUAUGUAAAAACCAAUUGAACACUUCUGUG